UUUGGCAUAGUGUACCUCCCAGAAUGGUUUCUUCUUAUGGAAAGUUCCGCGGCAGAGAUGGAAGCUCCCUCCAGCUUUGACCAGGGGUGCACACUCCGGCUGAACGUCAGGAGAGACUGGGGAUGAAGGCCUUCCCAAAUGCUAAAACCCCGAUACAAAGGAUAAAGGAUACCUUGCACAGAAGAUCACAGCUUUGGUGAUUGAGUGGCACAGCAUUCCCUGAUGUGUCAUAAAGGCAUCCCACCCCCAAAUUCUCAGGCUCCACCCUCAGCAGCCCCCCCAUCACUCCGCACAGCAAGCUGCAGGCAGAACCUAACACAUUCUCGUUUACCCUGGAGUUUUCACAAGGCAAAUUCCAAGGCUUCAGUUCAUCUGCAUACGUACAUGCAGGAUAUGAUAGGCAUCCUUGCCUUUUCACUAGUUUUGGAAACUGCCAGAUAAAGAGUACAAGAGAAGGGAAAAGAAGAAAGUUUAGAGACUGUGAUCACCAAAUCAGACCUAACGCCCAACAGCAAGAGUGCAAAUCAGAGCUCUCUCAAUGGAAAAGGACCCAAGCCAUGUCUACAGUGAAGAGAAUCCUUACCUCUGCUUCCAGAGAACUCCCUCCCUUCGACGCAAAUGGAGGAAACGGUAUGGAGGCUUGGAUGGCAACAAACUGCUGGAGCCCAAUAAGGAGGAUGACAUUAUAGAAAAUGGAGCGUUGACGGACAUGGAGAGGGACUCUGCUCCAGUGAGGCAUGCUGAGAGCCAGGAGACGGCCUCAGUAGCGAAUGCCCCAACUCCCACAUCAAGAAAUGCAUUCCAGUCACAGAAACCUGUCAACUUUGUCACUCCAGGAUCAACAGGUUCUCCAUCACUGGCCAGCAAUGGGAGUCAGAGAAGUGCGGGUCCAAAUGGAGAGCAGAUCCGCAAUGCCAACCCCUUCUGGCACAGCAUCAGCAGGCUGGACCCGCAGCAGGGCCAUGGCAAACGCAAACUGGCGGCUGAUGUCCUCUUUGAGAGUUUCGCUUCAGAGGGAAGAGUCAACAUGACCCAAUUUUUUGAGGCAGUAUGGAGCUCUGGGAUAGUUAAAUCUGACCCCAGGAUUAAGGACUGCUACUUACUGAUGAAGAAGCUUCAGGAAGAUGAUGGAACUGUGGACAGGAACACAUUCCACAGGUGUGUGACAGGUGUUGUGUCUUUCAUCCUGAAAGCACUGCAAGGGAGGUUUGUCAUUCCGGAUUUUUAUACCUUCGCUGAAGAAGCUCAGAAGCUUUUUCUGAAGAGCAAACAACUUGCUCCUGUUAAGCAGGAGCAGGCCCCAGUGAAUGGAGACAGUGGAAAGUGGGGAGUAUCUAUCUGCACUGUCGACGGCCAGAGACUGUCUGUGGGAGACUGUGCAGAUCCCUGUGUUCUGGGAGAGAUCUCCUGGCCGCUCAUUUAUGGCAUCGCAGUGGACCAGCUUGGGGCUGAUUACGUGCACAGAUACGUUGGCGUGGAGGAGUUCUCUAAGUACGAGUCUGCUUUUACCCUCACCAAACAAGGAGUUCCUCACAGUCCCCUCACGCAGACAGGAGCCAUCAUCACUGCAUCAUUACUGCAGUUAGCAGCCAGGCUGGGAGCAGAAGAGGAUGAAAAAUAUGAGUCUGUUCUGAAUAUUUUCAGAAAGCUUUGCAACAAAGAGCAUGCAAACUUAAACUGCACAAGCUACCAGACCCUGAGAAAAGACAGCAUCACACUUCAUGCACUUUCUUUCUACCUUCAGGAAAAGAAAUGUUUUCCUGAGUCUGUAGACAUCAACACCACUCUGGAUUUACUGCUGCAGUGUUCUUCCACAGAAGUGACGUGUGAGUCUGGGGCUGCCAUGGCUGCCACCUUAGCCAAUGGGGGGCUUUGCCCAUUGUCAGGUGACCAGGUUCUGUGUCCUUCAUCUACUCGGAACAUGCUGUCCAUGAUGCAAGUAGCAGGAAUGAAAGACUACUCCAGAAUAUUCCAUUUCAAGACCUCAGUGCCAGCCAUGUCCAGCCAAUCAGGGGGCUUGCUGAUGGUGGUGCCCGGAGUCCUGGGCCUGAUGUGCUGGUCGCCAGAGCUUGAUGCCUUUGGAAACUCCUGGAAGUCUGUGCACUUCUGUGAGGAACUGGUGUUGACAUUCCAGCUGCACAGCUUUGAUGUGAGAACUCCGUUCCGCCAGGUGGUGGCCUAUAGACAGUGGAAGGCUGAGUCUGAGGGUUAUCAGAUAAUGAACAUCUUACUGGCAGCCUACAGAGGGGACGUGCAGUCCUUACGCAGAUAUUUCCUGUCUGGAGCUGACCUAAAUGCGGUUGACUAUGAUGGAAGAUCAGCUCUACAUGUUGCUGCCUCAGAGGGCCAUGUGGAGGUCAUCAAGUUCCUGAUUGAAAAUGCAGGGGCAAAUCCCUUAGCCAAUGACAGGUGGGGAAACACAGCCCUGCAAGAGGCGGUGAGGAGUAACCAUGUUCAGACAGUCCAGCUUCUGAAGAAGUACAGAGAACAGCAGGAGGUGUCCCUGUGAGCCGCGUGGUGAACACCUGACGACACACCAUGCCAUUCCUACAGAACUGCCAUUGCAUCCUCUUUUCUGGUCUUAACAAUACCUGAAUUUAUUAGAAACCUCAUCUGGGCGAAGUACACUUACCUCCAGUCCCAUGGUCUCUCCAUCCUGUGUUCAGCCCAUAUUGCAGGAAAUAGUCAUUUCAACUGAACCCAAGUUUUUGUCACAAACUUGACCACUACCUAAUGGCAUUAUAUCUUUGUGUAACUUUUAAGAACAUUUUUAGAUGUUGUGUUAAACAUUUGUAAUGAACACAUGCAGUACUGAGAGUUUCCUUUGAGGCCUGCUGUCUAAUUCUUUAUUUCAAUGCAUUUGAAGUCAGUAACUGCAAAUUAUUGUUUUUUGCAAUAUAUUUUAUUGCCCAGG